ACACCACCCCCCUCUCUAUUUAGCAGCCACAUACAAGUCGGCCAUAUUAGAGAGAUGGAAAUAAAGCUUCCUUAAUGUUGUAUAUGUCUUUGAAGUACAUCCGUGCAUUUUCUUUCUUAGCAUCUAACCAUUCCUCCCUUGUGGUCCUUGGUCCCUCAAUCACCCUCUCCCAUAGCCCACCCGCCUAACAUCACAGUCUCUGAAAAUGCACAGGGAUGCCUGGCUACCUCGCCCUGCCUUCAGUCUCACGGGGCUCAGUCUGUUUUUCACUUUGGUGCCCCCAGGGCGGAGCAUGGAAGUCACAGUUCCCACCACUCUCAGUGUCCUCAAUGGGUCCGACACCCGCCUGCCCUGUACCUUCAACUCCUGCUACACCGUGAACCACAAGCAGUUCUCUCUAAACUGGACUUACCAGGAAUGUAGCAAUUGCUCGGAGGAGAUGUUCCUUCAGUUCCGAAUGAAGAUCAUUAACCUGAAGCUGGAGCGGUUCGGAGACCGCGUAGAGUUCUCGGGGAACCCAAGUAAGUAUGACGUGUCAGUGACGCUAAAAAAUGUGCAGCUGGAAGAUGAAGGCAUCUACAACUGCUAUGUCACCAACCCACCGGACCGCCACCGUGGCCAUGGCAAGAUCUACCUGCAGGUCCUUCUGGAAGUGCCCCCAGAGCGGGACUCCACCGUGGCGGUCAUCGUGGGUGCCUCAGUGGGGGGCUUCCUGGCUGUAGUCAUCUUGGUGCUGAUGGUGGUUAAGUGUGUGAGGAGGAAAAAGGAGCAGAAGCUGAGCACAGAUGACCUGAAGACCGAGGAGGAGGGCAAGACGGACGGUGAGGGCAACUUGGAAGACGGUGCCAAGUAGCUGGCCACCCGCCCAGAAGCCCCUCCCUGUGCCCUGUCUCCUUUCACUCUCUGC